CUCGAGAAUGGAUUGCCAGUUGUGUCUUUGAGCAGUGCUCCAGGACGGAGCACUAAGGAACCGCUGUUACACAGAGACGCCUUCGCUGAGCCCAGUCAGGAAAAACGAUUAGGAUGGACGUGCACUCAAGCUGCCCUAAUGUCAGUAUCCCCUGUUACAAUGAGCAAAGAGACAAGAAAAAACGUUAUACUGUUUACAAAGUGAUGGUCAGAGUUGGAAGACAUGAGUGGUUUGUCUUCAGGAGAUACACAGAAUUUGAUAAACUAUAUAAUGCGUUGAGAAAACAGUAUCCUGCUUUGAAUUUGAAGAUACCUGCUAAGAGAAUAUUUGGUGACAACUUUGACCCAGAGUUUAUAAAGCAGAGAAGAACAGGGUUACACGAGUUCAUUCAGAAAAUCGUGUCCCAUCCACAGCUCAGCAAUCACUCUGAUGUCCGAGACUUUCUCCAAAUGGACAAAUAUCAAAAUAUCUCUGAUGCUUCAGAUGAUGAAGAUGAGAAGAAUAACUCUAUCUCCAGAAAUAUUAACCUGGGUCCAUCUGCAAACCCUCAGGCAAAACCCACUGACUUUGACUUUAUGAAAGUCAUUGGUAAGGGGAGCUUUGGAAAGGUUCUUCUUGCAAAGAGGAAACGAGACGGGAAGUGUUAUGCAAUCAAAGUCCUUCAGAAAAAAGUCAUUUUAAAGAGGAGGGAGCAGAAACACAUUAUGGCCGAGCGCAAUGUGCUGCUAAAAAACGUAAAGCACCCUUUUCUAGUUGGAUUGCACUAUUCCUUCCAGACAACGGAUAAGUUAUACUUCGUCCUGGAUUUUGUCAAUGGUGGAGAACUUUUCUUUCAUCUUCAAAAAGAGCGAACCUUUCCUGAGCCAAGGGCGAGGUUCUACAUCGCUGAGAUGUCAAGUGCACUGGGCUAUCUACACUCUCUCAACAUUGUUUACAGGGAUUUGAAACCGGAAAAUAUCCUGUUGGACUUCCAAGGACACAUAGUCUUGACGGAUUUUGGACUGUGCAAAGAGGGGAUCUCUCAGGCAGACACGACCACGACGUUUUGUGGGACGCCUGAGUAUCUGGCUCCUGAGGUUUUGAGAAAACAGCCCUAUGACAACACAGUGGAUUGGUGGUGUCUCGGUUCUGUACUAUAUGAAAUGCUCUAUGGAUUGCCUCCAUUCUACAGUAGGGACACGCAUGAAAUGUAUGAUAACAUCCUGCAUAAGGAGCUGCCAAUGCGCUCCGGGGCAUCCACAGCAGCCUACUCUAUUUUACAGGCUCUUCUGGAGAAAGACAACACCAGGAGGCUGGGAUACAAGGAUGACUUUAAUGAAGUUAAAAGCCAUGUAUUUUUUGCUUCCAUUAACUGGGAUGACCUCGUGCAGAAAAGGAUCCCACCUCCAUUUAAUCCCAGUGUGGAGUCCCAGUAUGACAUAUCAAAUUUUGAUCCUGAGUUCACAGAAGAAUCUGUACCCAACUCUGUGUGCAUCUGCAAGGAUAACUCCAUUGUCAACGCCAGCGUCAUGGAAGCUGACGAUGCUUUUCUGGGCUUUUCCUACGCUCCACCUUCAGAUGACUCCUUUCUGUAAAAUUUCUUAAAAUAGCUGCUUUACAGUUCUUAUGCUGCCAGAAAUGACUUUGGUGUGCUCCUUCAUUCAGACAGCAAAGAAAAUGCAAUGACCAAACCAAGGCAUUGUAUGCUUGACAGAAGGACCGACAUCUUGUGAUGCAGGGUUUUCCAAUUUUUUUUUUUUUCUUAACCUCUUGACAACAGAUUUAUAUUUUGUAUUGUAUAAAUGCAUAUACCUGAGAUAGUGUUUAUAGCUCAGGUAUUCUAGUUUCUCUUCCCUGGAUUAUUUUCUACAGUGGCAGUAGUUGUGUCAGGGAAUUUGGGUAAUGAACUUUGAAACCAGAUAUAUACAUUCCAUAUUUAAAUACCCCUUAAUAUAAUGAACUUUAUGGCACUUAGGAUUUAAAAGAAAAAAAAAGUAUUGGAAGAAUAGUUUAGAAGGCCUUUUCCCCCCACAGAGAAUUUGUAAGAUAUUUUUUUUGUUUUCUUUUUGUUUUGUUUUUUUUAAACCAAAGAUAUGUUUUGUAAUAACAUAAAGAUGAAAAAAUUAAGUAAACUGUGUAACUGUGGAAUUUAAAUGAGUAAACUGUGGAUGAAUGAA